GGUGGAUGUGCGAGGCCUGCAGACGUGCGCGGUGGCUCGUUUGCCAGUUGCUCCGUCUUCUCCUAUCGCCAGCUAUUGGCGUCGAAUGGUUCCGGCGAUGGUGGCGCUCUCUCAGAUCCAAACUCCAGUCUGUCAUCAGCUGGUGCCAGCGAGAUGUACAACGCCAAAUUGACUGGUGGCGAGAUGCUGUACAAGUGUAUGAUUGGGGAGUCGUCCUGAGAUACAUCUUCUGGGACCGCCCUUGGCAUGGUCUCAGGCAUCUUCAUGAGGUGCUCUCGGAAGACCCCUCACACAAUCUACAACAGCUCUUGAAGGCAUCUGACUGGCUGGCGCACGAGCAGUUGUGCCUGGGGCGCAGGAUUACACACAACGAAGAAACAGAAAAGUCCCUGUUUUCGGACAUCUAUACCAUCGCACAGGACACAGACGUCCUUCGUGCAAUGGCAACUUGCGUGCGAGCGAUGCCUAUCGCCCGAGCAAUCAAGAAUGUGACGGAAAUAGGCCAAGCCGUGAUCACCACUUUGUCAACUCGAAAGGAUUCAGGUUCACGAAGGCCUAGUGAGUCAUUUGCUACACCCUCUGGCGAUCAGAUGGUAUACGAGGACUUGGACGGCACCGCUACCGCCUUGAUACGUCGCAUGGUGCUUGACACAUUCAUUCGAAUGCACAUAGAACUCGACGACGACACUCACGCUCUCGAUUCGGACUACAGUCGCAUGUUGGCCGGACUGAUCCGCGCUAUGCCUCUCGCCGAUGGACACGAGGCCUGCAUGUCUUUGUUUCAGCAUUUACGUGAUGGUCAACUGUCCACGAAACAACGACAAGCCACCUGGGAGGUUAUACAGAAUGUCUACAUCACAAUCGAUUUCCUCGCAGAGGACGAACAGUACUGGCAACAAAAAGAUAUGCAGAAGAUCAGAACAUUUGAUUGUGCUCCACAUACCGAGCUGUAUCGUCUGCGAGACGUUCAAGGUAAGUCGUCCGUCUACUUCGGUUACAACCGGUGUCAGCUCAAGUUUGGCAUAGACUGGGAGUGCGUGCAGACUGCACUCACGACAGUAUACGCACACCGUGACCCUGCAUCCGCCAUUCAAAUCACAACCACCGCUCUGGCUGGCUGACAUAGCCCACCGAUUCGACGAGCAUCUGGCUACCCUCCGCCGCAAGGAGCUGAGAGACGUUAUACAUGACCUUCCUCCCGCGGCGACAUACAGACUCGAUUGGGUGUUGGCUCGCAUGACCGACUGGGACAUCAACGAAGCCUUGAGUACGACCGAGUUUCACCGGAACGCCAUGAUGUCCACAAAUUGCAUCGCGCGGCGACUCCAAUGGCUGCUCGA